UUUGUAGCCUGGAUACAGAAUGCAUGGGCCUCGUCAUGUUCACUGAGGGUUUUAUCUCCUGGUUGUUCUGGUGGGCACAGAGGUGGGUUACGAAGCUGCAGAUUCAUUUGGCAACGUCUCUUCUGUCCCUCUUGCUGGAAAAUGAAAUUGAAAAUUCCAAUAAACGUUGGUGCUCAGUUGAUCUGCUUACUAUCUACUGCAUAG